CAUCAUGCCGUUUUAGAAACAUGGUGGCUUACAGUUUUCAUAACAACAUCGAUGUCACUGGUGGCAACUAGACGAUUCCCGGACUGGAGAGUUUAUUUUUGAAGCAGUAUUGGUGUUAAAGUGAAUUCCGAACAAUGCCGAAAUAUUACGAAGAUAAAGAGGAGGACCACAGAGCAUGCGCAGGGAUCAGAGAAGAUUUUAAGGCUUGUCUCCUUCAGCACGACUGUGUUGUUAAGGAGGGAAAGAUGCCCAGCGAGUGUCUGAAGGAAGGCCACUGCAAAGCUCUGCAGACGUCCUUCUUUGAGUGCAAGAGGUCAAUGCUGGACACCAGGUCGAGAUUCAGAGGAAGGAAAGGAAACUGAGAAACUACCAGAACGCCGAUGCAGCUGUGUGGUUGACUGAAUGCUGCAUCAGCAGCUGUAAAAACUUGAACUUGCUCAUGUGUCGGCGUACAUUCGGCAUUAAUUACAAACACCCCAUCUGAUGGACACAUGUCAGGAAAGUGGAUACCAAAGGACUGCAGAAUAUGAAAGAAAUAUUCACACUGACACAAAACAGGAGCUGUUGAUGGAUUGAAGUUUUUGUCAUCUUGAUUCCAUGAGAGGAAAAUCUGCUGUGCUGGAUGAACGAAUACGUUGAUUGUAAUGAAAAAGAAACACUUGCAAUAGCAAAUAACAAAUAAAAUAUGAAAUAAAAACUUC